AACCCAUUCUCAGCCUCACCAACUUGACACUCCCGCUCCCAAUUCACAGUCUUUUUGUCUCUUCUCUAGACAUCAACAUGAAGUUCUCCGCUGUUUCUCUCGUUGCUCUUGCAGCUGGUGCUAUCGCUGCUCCGGCCCCGGUUGCUGCUCCUGAAGCUGCCCCAGAGCCAGGGUACAAGAACUAUGGAUCUUACCCAAAGCAGUACGCCCACUAUGGCAGCUACAACUACAAGAAGUACUCCAACUAUGGACACUACAAGCGGGAUGAAGAUGUAGAGAAGCGCGAGGCCGCACCCGAGGCUGAGCCAGAACCCGGCAAGUACUCUAACUAUGGAAGCUACCACUACAAGAAGUACUCCCACUAUGGCCACUACAAGCGUGAUGAAGACGUAGAAAAGCGUGGUGAUUACUCUGACUACGGAUCAUACCCUACCAAGUACUCUGACUACGGAUCAUAUCCUUCAAAGUACACUGACUACGGCUCUUACGACUACAAGACUUACGGAAGCUACGGCACGUACAAGAGAGCCAGAGACUGGGUCAAGUCAUUCUUCUAAUCUGGUAUUGAUACGGACUUGGGAGGAGGAGUUAAGCAAAAUUGCAUUGGCACGACGCACAGAAUUGUUCUUUAUGAACGACUUACGAUUCUCAACGAGAGACAUGUUUAAUGGUUGGGCAAGAUUGACUGAAUGGAGUACUUAUUUAUACUGAGUUGGGGAUUGCGGGCGAGUUUAAACAUAUUCUUAGACUCUCUUUAAUAAUAUUAGUAGAUUAUGCUCC